AUGGAUCGACUCCAUCAAGUUCGUGAUCUGCGACCGAGGAGAAACAAUCAACGACAACGUGCACCUUUGCCAGACUCUGCAGCGGAAUAUUAUGAGGAGUCUCAUGAUAAUGAUGGAGAUGCGGUUUCCUUGGUCACUAUACCGAGAAAUCGUGGAGGAAGGGAUGAGGUGCCACGACAAGUCCGAAGAGACCAUCGUGAAAGGAACGGUGUAGAUCAAAAUUUGGGGUCCAUCAAACUAUCUAUCCCGCCUUUCCAAGGUAAAAAUGACCCUGAUGUCUACAUUGAGUGGGAAAGAAGGGUGGAGUUAGUCUUCGAUUGUCAUAACUAUUCUGAAGAGAAGAAGGUAAAACUUGCUGCUGUAGCAUUUACAGAUUAUGCUAUUGUUUGGUGGGAUCAACUAACCUUGUGUAGACGUCGAAAUCGGGAGCAACCAGUUGGAAGUUGGGAGGAAAUGAAAGCUGUCAUGAGAAGAAGGUUUGUGUCUUCUCAUUAUUAUCGGGAUUUACACUUGCGGUUGCAAAGUCUUAAACAGGGAAAUAAGACAGUUGAGGAGUAUCAUAAAGAGAUGGAGAUCGCUAUGAUCCGUGCUAACAUCGAAGAGAACCGAGAGGCAACCAUGGCUCGAUUCGUCAAUGGCCUUAAUCGAGAGAUUAGCAAUGUGGUGGAGUUACACCAUUACGUAGAGCUCGAGGAAGUGGUGCAUAUGGCAAUGAAAAUAGAAAGACAACUCAAAAGGGGUCGAACAUCUUCACGAUUUGAAGGGACUAGCUCGAGUUCGAGGUGGAAUACUAAACUCGAGGGGAAUAGUUCAAGAUGGAACUCAGGGUCAAAGCACGAUGAGAAAUCACCUUUUAAAGCAAGAGGAGACAAAGUCGCUGCCAAAUCAUCGUUUGACUCGACAGAGAAGGGUCAUAUUGCUUCUCAGUGUCCCAACAAGAGAACUAUGAUUAUGUUAGAGAAUGGGGAUAUUGAAACUGAUGCAGAAGAAGACAACGACUCCAUGCCAUCACUUGAAGAUGUUGAUGAGGUAGAACAUGCUGUCACGGGGCAAGCCCUUAUUGUUUUGAGAGCUUUACAUGUGCAAGCUAAGGAGGAUGGGGAUGAACUACAAAGGGAGAAUAUCUUUUAUACUCGAUGUCAUGUGAAAGAUCGGGUAUGUGGAUUGAUUAUAGAUGGAGGAAGUUGUGUGAAUGUGGCUAGUUCUUUGAUGGUGGAAAAGCUUGGUUUGCGCACCAAAAAGCAUCCGAAGCCAUACCGACUUCAGUGGUUGAAUGAAAGUGGUGACUUGAAAGUAACCAGACAGGAAUUUAAUGACGUGUUUCCCGAAGAGAUGCCACCAGGAUUACCACCAAUACGAGGGAUUGAACAUCAGAUUGAUUUCAUACCAGGAACACCAAUCCCGAAUCGAACAGCAUAUAGGAGCAAUCCGAAAGAAUUCAAUGAGUUGCAAAAACAAAUCGGGCUGUGA